CGGGACCCGGGGGCGCCAGCGGGCGCGGCGGGCCGGGCAGGGGCGAGGGGCGCCGGGACCCGAGCUUCCCACCAGAGGAGGAGUCCAGCAUGGAGAGAGGGGCAGAGCCAUGGAGUUGGGUACUGGAGACCUCCAGUGCCGGGUCCCAUGACUUCCAUCCAGAUCCUGCCCGGGAAGCAUCUGGCACUUCCACACCUGGGAUGCGGCGCUCGGUCCUGGUCAGGAACCCAGGUCACAAAGGCCCAAGACCUGCUUAUGAAGAGCUUGACUCAGACUCAGAAGACCUGGACCCCAACCGAGAAGAGCUGCACCCGGUUUCUGAAGACCCAGAAGACCUCAACACUGUCACUGAAGAUGUGGAUCCCAACUAUGAAGAUCUGGAACCCAUCUCCGAUGAUCUGAACCCCGAUGUGGAAGCUCCGAGCUCCAUCUCGGGGACCCGUGACUCGGAUCCCCAAGAUCUCGACCCCAUGUCUUCAAGUUUCGAUCUCGAUCCAGACGUCAUUGGCCCUGUCCCUCUGGUUCUCGACCCUAAUAGCGACACCCUUAGCCCCCAGGAAGCCCCAGACCUGGACCCCCUCUCAUCCAGCCUCACUGCCACCCCUGAGGGUUUGGCCACCAGCCCAGCGGUGCUCCCUGCACCUGCCAGCCCACCCCGGCCCUUCUCUUGCCCCGACUGCGGGCGAGCCUUCCGCCGCAGCUCGGGGCUGAGCCAGCACCGCCGCACCCACAGUGGCGAGAAGCCCUACCGCUGCCCCGACUGCGGCAAGUCGUUCAGCCAUGGCGCCACGCUGGCCCAGCACCGGGGCAUCCACACCGGGGCGCGACCCUACCAGUGUGCCGCGUGUGGCAAGGCCUUCGGCUGGCGCUCCACGCUGCUGAAGCACCGCAGCAGCCACAGCGGCGAGAAGCCGCAUCACUGCCCUGUGUGCGGCAAGGCCUUUGGUCACGGCUCGUUGCUGGCGCAGCACUUGCGCACGCAUGGCGGCCCACGGCCACACAAGUGCCCGGUGUGCGCCAAGGGCUUCGGGCAGGGAUCAGCGCUGCUGAAGCACCUGCGCACGCACACUGGCGAGCGGCCCUACCCAUGCCCACAGUGCGGCAAGGCCUUCGGCCAGAGCUCGGCACUGCUGCAGCACCAGCGCACGCACACGGCCGAGCGCCCCUACCGGUGUCCCCACUGCGGCAAGGCCUUUGGCCAGAGCUCCAAUUUGCAGCACCACCUACGCAUCCACACGGGCGAGCGGCCCUACGCCUGUCCCCACUGCUCCAAGGCCUUCGGGCAGAGCUCCGCGCUGCUGCAGCACUUGCACGUGCAUUCUGGAGAGCGCCCCUACCGCUGCCAGCUCUGCGGCAAGGCCUUCGGCCAAGCCUCCAGCCUCACCAAGCACAAGCGGGUGCAUGAGGGCGCGGCUGCUGCAGCCGCAGCGGCUGCUGCCGCUGCCGCCGGCCUGGGCCUCAGCCCUGCUUCCAUGUUGAGGUCCGGGCAGGUCUCCCUCCUGGGUCCUGAUGCUGUCUCUGUGCUCGGCUCUGGCCUGGGCCCCAGUUCUGGUCUAGGCCCUGACCCUGGCUCUGUGCUGGGCCCCCUCCCCAAUCCCAGCCCCAAACCCAGCCCUGGCUCCAAAUCCACCCCUAAACCUGUCAAGUCUUCUGACCCUAAGCCUGGUCACGAUGCCAAUCCUGACCUUGUGGCCAGCCCUGACAACGGAUCUGACCACAGCCUGGACCUGGAUCCCGUGCCCAGCCCCGACCCCAACCCUGAUCCCCACCCUGUCCCCGACUCUCCCACCCAUGACAGCUCAGCCCUCUCUACUGGUGAGAGUCCCGAGGGGGUGCAGGAGCAAGGGGCACUGCUGGGGCCCGAUGGCUGAAGGGGAUGCUGGCACCUAUGGGGUCUGGGAAAGUUGUGUGUUGUGCAGUUAGUAAAAUCCUCCCACUGCCUCCUG